AGAACCACCACAGAUUAAAGAGGAAGCAGGAGAACUCUGCAUCAGUCAGGAUGAAGAUCAGAUUGAUCUGAAGCAGGAGACUGAUACCUUGAUGGAGAUUCCUAUUUAUGAGGAAGAUGGGAACAGUGAAGCAGAUCUAAACAAUCAGCAGUGCUUUAAUGUAACUGAUAGUCAGGAUGAAGAAGGAAACCAACAUGAAGAAUCAACAUCAACUACAGUUGAAGAGACAGACCCAGAGAACCGAGAUCAGAGGAAGAGAAGACACAGAAGUCAUGUCCAAAGAGUGGACAGCUCUUGCAUGUCAGAAAGAGAGUGUGACUCUGAUAGUAGUAGAAAGGAUGAUUUGGUUAAGAAACAGAAAGAAUCUUUAAAACAGAAAAGACUUUCCUCUUUCUCAUCUGGCGAAAACUCAAGAAUAGCUAUCAAACCUUUUAAUUUAAGAUUUCAUACAGGAGAGAAGAGAUUUUCAUGUAAAGAAUGUGAUGGAAGUUUUAGUCAAAGAUCUCAUCUCAAAACACACAUGAGAAUUCACACAGGAGAAAAGCCUUUUUCUUGUAAAGAAUGUGACAAAAGUUUUAUUCAAUUAUCUCAUCUCCAAAGGCACAUGAGAACUCAUAUAGGAGAGAAGCCUUUUUCUUGUAUCGAAUGUAAUAAAGGUUUUAGUGAUUUGUUCAAUCUCAAAUCACAUGUGAGAAUUCACACAGGAGAAAAGCCUUUUUCUUGUAAAGAAUGUGACAAAAGUUUUAAUAGUACAUCUCAACUAAAGAAACACAUGAGAACUCAUACAAGAGAAAAGCCUUUUUCUUGUAUAGAAUGUAAAAAAGGUUUUAGUGAUUCAUCUGGUCUCCAAAAACACAUGAGAACUCAUACAGGGGAGAAGCCUUUUUUUUGUAAAGAAUGUGACAAAAGUUUUAGUCAAUCAUCUAAUCUCCAAAGACACAUGAGAACUCACACAGGAGAAAGGCCUUUUUCUUGUAAGGAAUGUGACAAAAGUUUUAAUCGUACAUCUCUUCUUAAAAAACACAUGAGAACCCACACAAGAGAAAAACAUUUUAACAAAGGAUUUAUUAAAAACUUUAUACUCAAGAAAACAGAGCAGAGAACUUGUGCAGCAAAAAACACAGGGUUUACAUGAGAAGAGGGAAAGCUUUGGAAAAAGUACACAUUUUCUUCCACGAAGACAGAAGCCUGUAUUUUACUCGAAAUUAUUUUUUUUUAGAUUGAAAUAUUUUAAGCCUUGGUUUUAUGUUGCUAUAUACGUAUGGGACAAACCACCUAUGUAGCUUCUUGGAAAGCCCAAAGUACUUAACAGUCAGUCCCAUUCACCCACACACAUCCAUUCACACACUGAUGGCAGCUGUGCUGUCUCACACUGGCACCAACCUGUAACCACCAGGAUCAAUGUGGGGUUCAGUUUUGUCCAAUGACACUUUGAUACAUAGACGGGCAAAGUGGUAGUUCAACCUGUGAUAUUCUUAUGAGAGUUCAACCACUCUACCUCUGCAGCACAGCCAGUCACUUUGUAUAUCAUAAAAUUUGAAUAUUUUAAUUUAUUUGUAUAUUUUAGUUAAUUUGUAGUUUUUAAUAUUUAAAACUCAUGGGAUCAAACCCUAAUGUGCUUAUUUACUCCAAAGCAGCCUGAGCUUUGAUUACAUGAACACAGAGCCACAGACUGUUGGCCUCCAUAAAAAAUUGAUGCAGUCAUUCAAUUAAAAGGAGAUGCAUGUUAGUAUGGAACACAUAACAAUGAAAAGUUUUCCAAAGUCUGACAUGAGCUGAAAACACCCUUUUGAAAAAGAAACCAAGAAAAAGAAAAGAACCAAUAUAUUUAAAUCUAUGUGUGAAGAUACUAAUCAAUAUGAGUGUUGCUGCUUUCAUGGACAAAAAUGGUAAAACUUUUGGCAAAAUGAAUUCUUUCAGAUGUACCUGUUAAUAGAAAUGCGUUGUUUUGUAUUAUCAGAGUUAAAUCUUGAACAGCUUCAAUGUGGUUGUAGUUUAUGCUGGUAUGAUGAGUAUGUUGUUCAUGUGCGUGUUACCAUGACAACACUAGAAAGACUUUUUAGACAUCUUUAAUUCUGACACUUUUUAUGUGAUCAGUGAACAUUUGAUUAUUAUUUUAAACAAAAAGUAGUAACUGCAGUUUAUAUUUUGUUAGACCAAGUUUAGUGAAGAAAAGAUUUUCCUAAAAAUGUAUGAAGGAAGGGGCAGAUAAAGAACCAGACUGGUGUUUGUGUCUGAUGUUUUUUGUGAUUAAUGUUUUCCAAUAGACAUUAGAACUGUUCCUCUGUUAUGUUUGGUUCUCAGUGUUCUGUUCCAAUCUUUACUGUGAAGAAUAAAGUGGACAUGAACAUUAGUCGGAAGUGUGGAGUCUUUCCCACAGUGUGGGUUUCUGCUGUUUGUUGGUUCUCUGCUGGUUCAAAAGCUGGACUCUGUU